UCUUCACCACUUCAUCGGACCUUCGACAAGGUCCCAUUGUUUUCAUCCGAAACAGGAAUUAAAAAAAAGAGAAAAACUUAUAAGACUAACAAUCCUAGAGGCCCUACAAGAAAUCUUCAAAUGGUAAAAAUGAGACCUGGUGAGAAAAAAAAGUGGAUUUUAACAUUAAAGGUCAGCCGAUUGGUGUGAAUAGGGCUUGUUUGGCAAAUUAUUGUGGUGCUCUUGUACGAGAUCCACUUAACGCUCCACUUUAUGAUGUGAAAGUAUUUUCACAAAUUUCGAAAGAAAAUAAGGAGAAGAUGUGGCAACUUGUUCUGGAAAAAUUUGAUAUAGGACUUGAGGAUGAAAAGGGACGUGAAAAGAAUUUAAAAGAAAGAAUAAAGUUUAUCAUGGAAUCUUUGGAUAAGAAGUAUAGGAAUUAUCGCGCAAGAUUGAAAAAUACUUAUUAUGAUACAGUUGGUACAGAUGAAGAUCGACUUAAAGUGGAAAAUAUGCCUCCAAAUGUUGAUGAAAAUGACUGGAAAUGGCUUGUUGAAUAUUUUGGGUCAACAAAAUUUAAGGCCAUAAGUAAAAGAAAUGCUGACAAUCGAUCUUACCAAGAUGCUGGACACACUGCUGGGACAAAGAGUUUUGCUCAAAAAGCCGAAGACAUGUUCAAUCGUGACAAAGUAGUGCUAAGCAUGUUGGAUUUAUACGAGGAAACUCAUUCUAAAAGUGAUAAAGCACCUAUCACUGAAGUGGCAAAAGAAACCAUGUAAAAAAUUAAAGAUCUCCUUAUGCAACGUGAGGCAGGAGAAAUAGACAUGACCGAUGAAGAAAUCUAUGCAAAAGUUAAGCCCAUUGGUAAACGUGGUCGUUAUCGUGGCAAGGGAGUCAGCCCUUCUAUUACAUCAUUAUAUGGGACAUUUAGUGAAGGAGAGAAAAGCUACGCAAAGAAGCCGAUGAAGCAAAGAAUGAGGCAAUAGAGGCUAAACAAGAGGCAAAAGAAGCUAAUGUGAAAAAUAAAGCCCUAAAUAAAAAGAUGAGAGGCCUUCAGAAUGAAAUGGAGGUCAUGAAAGAUUUCAUGGGGAAUAUAUUGAACCAUCUAGGCUAUGAUUUGUCUGAAAUAAAUAUGGAUGAGGUUAAGGAUAACGAGGAUGACGAUGAGGAAGAUAAUGAGAAUGACGAUGAAGAGGAUGAUGAAAUUCAAGUAGAUGAAGAGUAGUAGUAACAUUUAUUUUCAUUCAUUGAAAUUAUAUAAUGAAGAUGGCUAUAGAUGGAAUUGGAAGAAAUUGAAGAAAAUAAUGUUGUUUUCAAGCUUAUAGUUUUAGAUAGAAAACUCUUUUGUAUUCACAUUAUCCAAUUUUUUUUUAAAUUAUUUUGAAGUUAAGUAGUUUAGUAACUUAAAUACAUAUUUUUGGAUCAAUAAUGUAAUGACUAUUAAAUUAUUAAUAAUGU